GGGAAUUUCAAUGGAAGCAAUCCAAAUAUUGUAGCCAAAGAACCAUAGUGCGUACAGAAACUGAUUAGAAGAAAUAUAGACAUAUAAGUUUGUGAUGUAUGAUAAAAUUCUGCAUGUUUCUUUGAGUUGGAAAGUUAUUGUCGAGUUUUUCAGUGAACGUGGAGUUUUGAGAGCGUGUAGUGGUCUUGUUCUGGUCUUCUUGGAAACUCACUUAGAAUUAGAGGAGACAACUGCAAACAUUUUGAUACCAAUACACGUGUUAAUUUAUUGAUCCACUAGAUGAUAUGGUGGAAGAGUUCCAUGUUCCCUAAACUGUAUCAGUGAUGCAAUGUAUUGUAUUUUUUUUUUGACCCUAUUAGAAGCCAUUAAUGCCGGACACUAUAUUAUCGUGUAAUGGUUUUAUUUGGUGACAUCCAAGUGGUUUUAAUUGAGACUGUAUUUCGCACAACAGAAGCAGUACUCAGUUCAAGGAAAGCUUAAGAUUGCUUAUUCAAAAUGUUCUGCGUCGAAGUGGUUAGUUCAUUUUGUAGUAUAUAUGUUGUCAAAGUAUGACAUCCAGGGCAUAGAAAUAAGUCGGCAUCAAACGGGACUGUUAUUAAGCUGUGCGUUCUGCUGCAGAUGUACUAAUGUGCACACACACAUUUGUCAUAAGAUGCUUAAGGCUUAUAUUUCUAACUGGUACAGGAUGUCAGAAACACCCUUCAGGCCGAGAGAAAAGCUCAUUGAGAAGCAGAAAUAUUUUCAGAGCAUCCACAAGCACACAUAUCUGAAAGGCCCUCUUGAUAAGGUCACUUCAGUUGCCAUACCUGCUGCCUUGGCAGCUACAUCUUUAUAUAUGAUUGCACGAGGGAUCUAUAAUUUGUCGCAUGGGAUUGGGAAGAAAGAAUGAGCUCCGCCCGACAAGUGUCUGUAUGGCAGCUUAAUUUCAACAUCCCAAGCUUUUCGACCUGGACUAAUGUUCUUAGACCAUCUAGCAGUUUGUACCCAAUAAUUGCAGAGUUGCAUACUUAAAUCUACCAAUUGGUGUAGAGUCUUCUUCAUCAAUGACUGAUUUGCUGAUUUGUUUGAUUGCUUGGUUUCCACUGGAGUAUGAUUUAAUUUUUUAAGUCAGUAUUUAUGCAUGUUUUGGCAUAUGCAGUUAUUUUUUGUGUUACAUUGGCCAUGUUUGUUAGCACUUAACUUAAAAAAGCGGCUGUUUUAAAAGUAUUCCUUGACCAACCAUGAUAUACCGUUACUCAACUGGUCCAAGGGAUCAAGAAGAGAGGUCAAUGUCUUGAGAUAAGGAAGUAUGACUCUCCUCGAGGAAAUUGAGCAACGGGGGCGGAUGAGUGUGAUUGU